UCAGUUCGCCUUGACCUUUUUGGGCUGAUGGCGCACCGGCACCGACCUGUCGACUUCCCUCCUCUCCUCCUUGCCUUCGUCUUCUCCCUCCUCGUCCUUCUCCUCUCCGGCCGAUGCGUCGACGGCCGCGCGAUUUCGCCGCCGUCCGAUGGGGACGCGAUGGAGCUGCCGGCCUCCGAUGGGAUCUCCGGCUACGCCGCUGCUGGGUACAAGCACAGCCCCUUACUCGUCCUCCCCCGCGGGAGCGCUGCGGAGGCGUGUGAGCCCUCGUACGGGUUCCUCCCCUGCACCACCACGGUGGCGGGGAACCUGUUCCUCGUGCUGGUGUACGGGUUCUUGAUGUAUAAGGCGGCGACGUGCCUCUCGGCCGGGAGCGAGAUGCUGCUUGAGAUCUUGGGCCCUGGGAUCGUGGGGGGCCUCUUCCUCCCGAUUCUUGGGGCUCUCCCCGACGCCUUGCUCAUUCUUGUUUCUGGUCUGUCUGGGAGCAAAGAAGUUGCACAGAAUCAGGUCUUGAUUGGAAUGGGUUUGCUUGCUGGAUCAACUGUUAUGCUUAUAACAUUGCUUUGGGGUUCUUGUGUUGUUGUUGGAAAAUGUGAUCUUUUAGAGAAUUCAACUUCGGUAGAUUCACAAGAUACAAAUGGUUUCAGUCUAUUUGCAUCCGGGAUUACAACUGAUUCACAAACAAGCCAUGCUGCAAAGAUCAUGGUUAUAUCUAUCAUUCCAUUUAUCAUUGUGCAACUGCCAAGAGUUUUCAAGUUUCUUUCUGGACGUGUAGCAGUCUUGAUUGCUCUCAUUGUUGCAAUUGCACUCUUGGUGUCUUAUUGCUUGUAUCAGGUCCUUCAGCCAUGGAUUCACAGGAGAAAACUGGAAUUUGCGGAGCAUAUGCUUAUGAUAUUAGGAAUUCUAGGACAUCCUCAGACGGCAGCCCUAGGACGGCUUAUGGAUGAUGAUGGAAGACCUAAUAAACCUGUCAUUGAAAAGCUGUUUCAUAAAAUAGAUCAGGAUAAAAAUCAAUUAAUAUCACCUUCAGAGUUAAGAGCAUUUAUCAUAGGGCUUAAGAUCCAUGAGGUAAAUUUGGAUAACGAUGUUGUCGUAGACAAAAUAAUGAAAGAAUUUGAUACAUCACAUGAUGGCAACAUUCAAGAAGAGGAGUUUAUUAAGGGCAUCUCAAAAUGGAUUACUAAGGUUAAUCAUCGUUCUUCUGCAUCUCACUCAAACGACAUUGUUGAUUAUUACAUGGAAGCAAGGGAGCAACACAAUAUGCUUAUUGAUCAGAUUGAUGAGGCUGCAGUAGAAAAUAUCAAAAAUCCAGCAUCAACCUGCGUUACAUCAAUCCUGCUUUUGAUUCUCGGAACUUCCAUCGCUGCUGUUUUUGCUGACCCUCUUGUGGAUUCUGUUGAUAAUUUCUCAAUUGCUACAAAGAUACCUUCCUUUUUCAUAUCUUUCAUUGCAAUGCCAUUGGCUACCAACUCUAGUGAAGCUGUAUCAGCAAUUAUUUUUGCCAGCCGAAAGACGCAAAGAACUGCCUCACUAACUUUUUCCGAGAUAUAUGGUGGGGUGACGAUGAACAACACCCUAUGCUUGGCCGUCUUCUUGGCUCUUGUUUACGUGAGACACUUGACAUGGGACUUCUCGGCCGAAGUGCUGGUCAUUCUCAUAGUAUGCGUUGUGAUGGGCAUCUUCACGAGCCUCCGCACCACAUUCCCACUUUGGACUUGCUUUGUUGCGUUCUUGCUGUAUCCGCUCGCUCUGGUUCUUGUUUAUGUGCUGGACUUCAUCUUGGGAUGGUCAUAGAUCAAUUACCCUGGUGGUGGAGCACCAGAUGUUUCAUUUUGUACUAAAAUCUUGUUUUAAGAAAAAAAAUACUCUUUCUGGUGAGAA